AUGUCUCUGCGAGAUUGGUACUCGGAUCGCGAGAUACUCCUCGUCGGAGUAACGAGCCAGUUGGGACGCAAUCUGCUGGAAAAAUUAUUGAGAUCGUUCAGAAAUGUCAGAGUGCACGUGGUUCUGCGAUCGAAGAACGAUCUCGGCCCGCACGAGAGAGUGAAAAAUAUUUUCGAGUCCCAUGGCUAUCAAAGGCUACGACAGUCAAAUCCAAAAGCCCUAUCACAAGUUUCUAUUUACAAUGGCGACCUGGGAUCAGAUAAUAUGGAUUUGAAACCACAAGAUCAUCUUGCCAUGAAAAAUGUUAGUGUUGCUAUUCACGCAGCUGGACCAACCAGUGCAUUUUUUGAUUACUGCAGAGGAUUAUCCAAUUUAAAAGCAGUCAUCACGGCAAAAAAUCUGUACAGCUAUAACGAUGACAUCAUAUUGGAAAGUUCAAUGAACGAGCAGCUUCCGAAAGAUUUGCCAAUUGGAGUAGUAAGAUUUUCGGAACUAGGACCCGCUUAUCGAGAACCAAUGCCAGGAUUUGUGGAAGCUUUUCAAGGGCCAACAGCACUCAUAGUUGGAGCUGGUUAUAUGUUUGGCUCUCGAAAAACGCCGGUUGAGAUAAUACCCGUAGAUAUUGCAACAAAUUCGUUAAUUGCUGUUGCAUGGGAUAUUGGUACAAGCGUUCGUGGAUCUGAGCCACAAUAUUAUAAUGCAAGUACUGUUGGAGGGACUUGGGAUGAUCUUAUCAAGAAGAGUAGGCGAGCAGAUUCAAAAUUUCCUUACCCUAAUUUUAGAGUUAGAGGCAUGUCGUCUUUAGUUAUAUGGCAUUUUAUCGUUGUUUUAUUAUUUGAACGGUUGCCAUCAGCUAUUUGUGACACUUGUCUUUUCUUGGCCGGCAAAAAAACAAAAUUCCUUGAUGAACAUACAAGAGUCCGAGGAAUUCUCGACAAUUUUGAAAAAACAUUUUCUAGAAUGUUGUUAGUCCAGCGAGAGAAAAUAGAAAGUUUGCAAAAGAACUUGACUUUAGAAGACCAAGAACUGAUUCCCAUGUGUUCACCAAUCGACGUUGAAGCGUACGUACUAUGUACUGCGGCAUCUGUGAGAAAAUUGUGGGUUGAUGAAAGCAACUUGAAAAUAAUCAAUUUGUUUAAAUCAAUUUUGUUAGGUUUGAUAGUAUCACCAUUAGUUUAUUACUAUUUUGUUUCAUUCGAAAGAUCAUAA